AUGGAUUAUUUUAAGAAAGCUCUGUGGGGGCCCGAUGAGAAGGAGCAACAUCGGAAGAUAAAAGGUAUUUUAAGAAAGAAUGGUAGAAGUGUAGAUAGGUCAUUAAAUGAACUGAGCCAGCUGCAAAAUAAAUCCAAACAAUUAAUCAGGAGAGCAGCUAAGAAAAAUGAUAUAAAGACUGUGAAAAUAUUUGCAAAGGAAUUAUAUGGGAUCAAUAAGCAAUACUCCAGAUUAUAUACGUCAAAGGCUCAAUUGGAAUCUGUUGGAAUGAAAAUAGAAGAAGCGUACAAGAUGAAAACGUUGACUACACAGAUGGCUAACAAUACAGAUUUAAUGAGAGAGGUCAAUUCGUUGGUACGAUUACCUCAAAUACGGAACACUAUGGUUGAAUUGGAGAAAGAGUUGAUGAAAUCGGGAAUCAUUACAGAGAUGAUCGACGACACUAUGGAGUCCAUAGAUGAAGACGAAGAAUUGGAUGAGGAAGUCAAUGAAGAAGUCAAUAAGAUUGUAGAGCAGUACACAACGCAAAAAUUUGCUGCUGUUGAUGAAAUUCCAACUACUACACCGGAAUUACCAGAGCCUGUUGCCAACGAAACGGAACAAGAGGUUUCCGAGGAGAAUAUCGAUGAGGAAGCAGAUAAGAUGUUGAGUGACAUGAAGGAAAGAUUGAGGGCAUUGCAAAGUUAA